AUGGUCGUGAAGGCAUGCAAUCGCUGUCAUUCCGCGAAAGAAAAAUGCACCUUCACCGGCAAUGAUCAGCAGUGCACACGAUGUCGCCGGCUGAAGAUUAUAUGUUCUAUAUCUCGUCGCAGUGGACGAAUAGGCCGUCGCCCAUCUGCUAAAACUUUCCCUCACGGCCAGAUGCAAGUUUGGAGUGUGGAGAUUGAACCCGAAAAUGAGCGCCGUGGAUCUGAAGCAAGCAGUAGCAAUGACAGAUCUGUUCGUGCACCGAGCCGAGGUUCAGAUACCGGUUCACAAUCUGAUGCGACGGAGGAAAUUCCCUCGCCUAAUAAUAAUAAUGUUUUGUCUUUGUCUCCGGAGAGGCUACUCGCAACGACGAAGAAGCUCCAAACAACGUCCGACGCCCUGUCGACGGUCUUGGAUGUGGAGCAAUUUUCUGUGAUACAUGCGCCUUUCGCAUUGGGCACGAGCUUUAUACCAGAAUCCCAAAGCACAAUUUAUGCGAUCUUGUCUUGCUCGGCGCCAACAUUGACGGAAGGAUAUUUGGCAUUCCUGGGAUUGAUGACAGGACAUCAAAAAUCACUUGUUUUGCGACCCCAACAGCCAGACAUGCGCAAGGCUGCAAGGGGCUUGCAGAACCUGCGAGAUAUAAUCAUCCGCCACGAUUAUGACGCCGCCUGCACCCUGUUUCUAGGACAGACAAUGUAUGUGUUUAAUGUACUCAGUGCGCCAUAUUCGAACACUGCACAUUCCAUCGUCCGAAGCGCACUUUUAUCAGCCAAACCGUGGUUCCCAAGACUCAUCCAAUCUCCGAUCAUGGAUACCGUUGUCAUGUCACCGGUUUUGAUUGAUACAGUCGAAUGUCUGGCGCAUCGCGAGGUUCCCAUAAUACGAAUCCCUAAUACAGAUCGGAUUAUUAUUGACCGAUAUGCGGGGCUCUGUGCGACUCUCUUACCUCAUCUAUAUGAUAUCUGCGAGUCUAGCCAUGCGUUCAAGAAGAGCUUGGCAGAUCCCACAAUUGAGCCAUACAUUGGCUUUUAUGACCAACUCACUGUCAUAGAGCAGAGAAUAAAAGACUGGGCGCCUCCAACUCCACCUAUCCUGUAUGAGAAGUUCGGCCAACAUGAGGUGGUAGCGAUGAUGACUCAAGCGAAUGUUUAUCGUCUGGCGGGGCUGCUCGUAAUUCAUCGGCAUCGAUAUCCGCUUGGUGUGGAGGAUGAGACUGCUCGAGCUCUAGCCGAGAGCAUUUUUUGUGCCAUGGAGCUGUUUGCUAAUACAGCAGCUGAGAAGUCAACAGCGAUGCCCAUGGUAUUUCCAAUGACCAUGGCCAUGCUUGAGAUCGAGGGGACAGGAGAAGCACUGCUGGAUAGAUUGGCGACUUUCACAGUUCAAGCAGCGAGCGCAUCAAGGCUCAAAGAGUUUAUAAAGCAAGUAAGGGCGGCCAAGCAGGGCAGAUAUGAGGGGGUCUGGUUCGAACUAGUGGAGACCCAUUUGCAAGUGGCAAUGCCGCCUUAA